UUAAUAAUGCACACGAGACACGAAUUGCAGUCCCAGGCGCAGUUACCUGUUCUGUUAUUGAGUCAAAGGGUGUGAGUGAGUGUGAGCAAGAUGGGUUCUUUGGCAAAGAAGGGACUCAACAAUUACGUCAAACAGCUCCAGCAACACCCUUUGAGAACCAAGGUAAUCACUGCAGGGGUACUAUCAGCGAUCAGCGAUGUUGUGUCUCAGAAACUUACUGGGAUACAGAAACUUCAACUCAAACGUCUUCUUUUCAAAGUGAUUUUCGGAGCUGCUUAUCUUGGACCCUUUGGACACUUUUUUCAUUUAAUACUGGAUAAAAUUUUCAAAGGAAAGAGAGAUUCAAAAACUGUGGCCAAGAAGGUUCUGAUUGAACAGUUGACAUCUAAUCCUUGGAACAAUUUGCUUUUCAUGAUUUACUACGGAUUAGUUGUUGAAGGCCAACCUUGGGUGAAUGUGAAAGCUAAAGUUAAGAAGGAUUAUCCAUCAGUGCAGUAUACAUCAUGGACGGUCUGGCCUGUUGUGGGGUGGAUAAAUCACAAAUUCAUGCCUCUUCAUUUCCGUGUUGUUUUCCAAAGCUUAGUAGCAUUUUUCUGGGGAGUAUUCUUGAACCUUCGAGCACGAUCUAUGGCAUUGAUUAAAGCCUGAAGCAAAGAAGAUUACUGUAUAUGCUCCUGCUUGCUAGGAAACUGUUACUCUUUCCAGUGUAGUUUGCAUUAGUUUAAACUAAUCAAAAUAAGAUCUGCUGUUCAUGUUAAUGUCUUGGCAAGAUCUUUUAGUUUGUCUGAUUAUUUAGACAUGGUUAAUUUGCGGUGCUCGGAAUAUACAAGUUUGCGAAUGUUAAUGGGUGUUUAAACAAACGGUGAUAAAAUUGAUUUUGAAGAAAUGUAUUUAUGUUUUAGA